UGACAACUGCACCACAUAACGGACUAACAGAGUCGGCAUAGAAGCCGCUGCUAACGCAGGAAGGCUUAAGUCUGAGAUUAAAGACUCAUCUUACUCGGACAACGUUAUGAGGUAGAUAGUUAAAAAACAUAAAACAAAACCGACUUCGGAUGGAACAGACAGGCGCUGCCACUGUGAACAUGGACCAAGAGUUUGAAGACAUGGACUCUAAAGGCCGGUGGCAGAAGCUUUACUCUGAAAUCAGGAAUCAAUCCCAUGAGUGCUCUUACAAAGUGGCAAAGUAUCCAGAAAAUCGCAACCGCAACAGAUACAGAGAUGUCAGUCCAUUUGAUCACAGUCGAGUCAAGUUGGAAAACACAGAAAAUGACUACAUCAACGCAAGUCUGGUGGUCAUGGAAGACGCCCAGAGAAAUUACAUUUUAACACAGGGCCCCCUCAGGAACACUUGUGGCCACUUUUGGCUCAUGAUCUGGGAGCAGAAGACGAAGGCCGUCAUCAUGCUCAACAGGGUGAUAGAGAAGGGAUCAGAAAAGUGUGCUCAGUACUGGCCUACAGCAGAGGAGAGAGAGAUGGUCUUUAGAGACACACGUUUUUUGGUCAAGCUGUUGUCAGAAGACACCAAAUCUUACUACACCACCAGAGUGCUGCAGCUACAGAACAUUAAUACGGGGGAGAAGAGAGAGAUCUACCACUUUCACUACACCACGUGGCCUGACUUCGGUGUCCCCGAAUCCCCGGCAUCCUUCCUAAACUUCCUCUUUAAAGUGCGGGAAUCUGGAGCGUUGGGGAUGGAUCAGGGGCCGGCUGUGGUGCACUGCAGCGCUGGAAUCGGACGCUCAGGGACGUUCUCACUAGUGGACACCUGCCUCGUCCUUAUGGACAAAAUGAAAGACCCAUUAUCGGUGGAUAUUAAAAACAUCUUGUUAAAGAUGAGAAAAUACCGCAUGGGUCUGAUUCAGACUCCUGAACAGCUGCGAUUUUCCUACAUGGCUGUCCUUGAAGGAGCCAAAUUCAUCAUGGGGGACUCUUCUGUACAGAACCAAUGGCGUGAAUUGUCUGAAGAAGAUCACGAGCCAUUUUCAGAGUCUCCGCCUUCAUCAGAACCUCAGGCUCGGUGUCCGCCAGAGCGUAACAAUAGGACCCAAAGGGGGGGCCAGCAGGAGGAGGCAGAAGAUUACAGACAGGACAGCAAAGUACCUACACAGUCUUCCUGCAAAGAACAGGAACUGGAUGGCAGCACAACACACAAACGGCGCAGAGAAGACAGUAUCUCCAAAUCUGCCAACACCAAAACACCCCAAGGCAAGUCCAGGUCAACUGACUCGGAGAGGAAGAGAAAAAGGGUGAAAACCAAUGACUGCUAACCAGCUCCACCUGACUUCAGCUCUAGCAGCGAAGGCAGCCUCGGCAGGGAACUCCAGCUCUCUACCCCUCCAAACUUCUCAGCUCUUCCUCCUCCAUGUUAUUUUUUUCCCUCCUCGUCUUAAUCUAGCAAAGUGCUGUUCUUCAGCGACACUCUUCCCCUCUUAAGCCUCGGCCAGAACCCUCCUCAGCUUUUUCCUCUUAACUGUUUACAGCAGACACUUUGACAUUCACACAGGAGCUUUAAAACCCCCUCCUCAGCCUCUGGUAAAGCUGCUUUUUACUCUCGUUUUGCUUUUCGUUUCCUCUCAUAAGACUGAAAGUAUGGAGUACGCAUUGCCAAUUUGUAAUGCUGUUCAUACAGGUAUUUUUUGGGGUAAAAAAAAACAAAAUUUCAGAGGCAAAAGAGGUUCUAUUUUUUAUAAAAAACUACUUGAAGUUUUUAAGGUGACGCUGGGUUUGGUAUAAGACAAGCACUGCCUCCACCCACAAGUAAUACAGUGGCAUGAAAAUAUUUCAAUGAUGUAAAUAGUACUGUUUUUUUUAAAGAUGUGUAUUAAAGAUAUUUUUUGCUUGUAAAGAGUCAAAUAAAGAGCUUAUGUUACAGAUCUUAAUGCUGCAGAAUACUCAAGAAUUCUUUUGAAAUUAAUGGUCUUAAGUUUAGAGUGUAAACUCAAAAUAAAACUGGUAUUUUACCUA